AUGUCUGCUCCUACCUUUCUAGCUAAGCAUCCUGCUUAUCUCCGUUACAUUCGUGAAGUUGCUUCUGGGGAACUUGUGAUGCUGGAAUAUGAAAGGAACUGUGUGAUUUUCCACGUUGGCGAGCAAUACCGUCGUUACGCAGGGUGCCCUGCCAGCGAUCAUGUUGGCCGUCACAGUGAAGACCUGGAAGUUGCCGAUGGUGUUAUAGGUCGGAUCACUUACAUUGAACUGCAGAAAGUUCAAGCUUGGUACAAUUCUCUUUUUGCUUCGGUCGCCGAUCCGACCCCGUCGUCCCCCUCCCCCUCGGUCACGGUUUCUAAUGGCAUGUCCAAUCGCAAUUCAACCUAA